AUGUCUGACGCGUUUGACAGCAGCCUGGUCCGUCUCAGCUCAAGCUCCAGGAUGGAGCGUGAUGAGGGUGACAUGGACUGCAUCGUGACAUCGACCCUGACAUACGAUGGGACGACCAUCUGGACCUACACAAGCGCCAACGGUUCAAACAUUGGCGGUGCGUGGGGUACCGACCAUUCUGCCUCGCUGUCGCCCGACAAGGCCACAGUGACGAUCAAGACGACGAACGUCUCCGGAAAUGUCUCAACAGGGAGGAAAGAAGCCCCUGGUGGGACCGAGCAGGUGGACGUCCGCCAAGUGUGGCAAGCUUGGAAAGAAAAGCAAAACAAGUGA